AUGCAACAUGGUCACCGGGGCUCGAGGCCUGGGUGUGGACGCCGAUUGCUUAGUCUACAACCUACACCGAACCCGCCUCAGUCACGCUCCACCGCCGAAGCUGUACCCGCCGAUGACUCCGGCUCCAUAGAGCUCUCAAGCACCGUGCCUUCGGAGCAUGAGGGAGAGGGAUUUGAUGGCACGGCGUCGCAACGGACAGCAUCGUCGGCUGCACCGCCGCAGUCUUGCGUCCUCCCUCCAACAGAGGCUUCUCACGGUGACUUUCCCGGCGCACCGCCCGAGGGGAUUCCUUUCACCUCCUCGCUUCACGUGGUUGCCCCCGAAGAGCAUGUAGUCUGGCCUGUAUACCGGGUGCUCGAGACAGACGGCCGUGUGCGUUCCGGGGCUCUCGUUCCCGACCUUGACCAAGCUGUUGUCCGCCGCAUGUACCACACGAUGGUACGGCUGCAAGCCAUGGACACCAUUUUCUACAACGCGCAGCGGCAAGGUCGGAUUUCCUUCUACAUCACCUGCACGGGGGAGGAAGCCACACACGUGGGCAGUGCCGCCGCCCUCCGGCCUGAGGACCCGGUCUUGGCCCAGUACCGGGAGGGCGGGGUCUUGAUGUGGCGCGGGUUCACCCUCGAUCAGUUUGCGGACCAAUGCUUCUCCAACCGGGACGACCUGGGGAAAGGCCGGCAGAUGCCCAUCCACUACGGCACGGCCGCCUUGCACUUCCAGACCAUUUCUUCCCCCCUCGCCACCCAGAUCCCCCACGCGGUGGGGGCGGCCUACGGGAUCAAGCUCGAGGACGCUUCCAAGUCGGCGGAAGACAAACGCUGUGUCAUCUGUUUCUUCGGGGAAGGGGCCGCGAGCGAGGGCGACUUCCACGCGGCCCUCAAUUUCGCCGCCACCUUGCAAGCCCCCGUGUUGUUCUUCUGUCGCAACAACGGGUACGCCAUCAGCACGCCCGUCAAGGAGCAAUUUCGUGGGGAUGGUGUCGUCUCCCGCGCCCCCGGCUAUGGCAUGCAUGCCCUGAGGGUGGACGGGAACGACGUCUUGGCCGUGUAUCAUGCCUGUCAGGCGGCUCGGGAGGUGUGCGUCCGGGAGGGAAAGCCCGUGCUGGUGGAGGCCAUGACCUAUCGCGUGGGGCACCACUCGACCUCGGACGACUCCACGCGCUACCGGUCCUUGUCGGAAAUUAAACAGUGGCACGGACAGGAGGAUCCCCUCCGCCGGUUUCGGGCCUGGAUGGAGGGGAAAGGGUGGUGGUCGGACGAAGACGAGGUCCAACUGCGAGACGAGGAGCGGAUGGCGGUGCUGCGGGCUCUUGAGCGUGCGGAAGUGAAGCCAAAGCCGGGAAUGGAGGCUUUGUUCGAAGAUGUGUACCGGGAGAAGCCCUGGCAUUUGCGCGAACAGGAGGCGGGACUGCGGGAUCACGUUGAAAAGUACCCGGAUGUGUACAAAGAGGGCACAGGGAAGGGGCACUGA